AUGGACAACGGCGCAGAAUCUCGCACUCAGAAGGCUCGGCGUGAUGCCUACAAGAACAAGGGUGGCCUGAAGCAGGACGACCUCAGACGUCGCAGAGAAGAACAGCAGGUGGAAAUUAGACGACAGAAACGUGAAGAGAACAUCUCCAAGCGAAGGAAUUUCCUGCCCUCUGCCGGUGCCGACUCCGAUGAGGAAGUUGGUGGUGGUAGCUGGGAUCCACCAUUGGCCGAUGAGAUGAUUAGUGGCGUCUUCUCAGACGACGGGGAUCGCCAACUCGACGCGACAACCAAGUUCCGCAAACUUUUGUCCAAAGAAAAGAACCCUCCCAUCGAACGCGUUAUCGAGUGUGGUGUCGUUCCCCGUUUUGUUGAAUUUUUGAAAACUGGCGCCUCUAUGCUCCAGUUUGAGGCUGCUUGGGCUCUCACCAAUAUCGCGUCCGGCACAGCAGAGCACACACAGGUCGUGAUUAACUCUCAGGCUGUUCCCGAAUUCAUUAAGCUCUUGUCUUCCCCCGUUCUUGAUGUUCGCGAGCAAGCUGUCUGGGCGUUGGGUAACAUCGCCGGAGACAGCCCACAGUGCCGAGACUAUGUAUUGCAGCAGGGUGCUUUGAGGCCACUGUUGGCCCUCUUGAGCGAGCAACACAAGCUCAGUAUGCUUAGAAACGCUACUUGGACGCUCAGCAACUUCUGCCGUGGUAAAUCGCCCCAGCCUGACUGGGAAUUGAUCUCCCCUGCCCUUACUGUUUUAACAAAAUUGAUCUACUCUCUCGAUGACGAGAUCCUGAUUGACGCCUGCUGGGCCAUCUCUUACCUCUCCGAUGGCUCCAACGACAAAAUCCAGGCUGUGAUCGAGUCUGGUGUUUGCAGGCGUCUCGUCGAUCUCCUCAUGCACCCUUCUACAUCUGUCCAGACUCCGGCUCUUCGUUCAGUCGGGAACAUCGUGACCGGUGAUGACCUCCAAACCCAAGUCGUCAUCGCGUCCGGUGCCCUCCCCGCUCUCCUCUCCCUUUUGUCAUCGCCUAAGGAUGGUAUCCGCAAAGAGGCAUGCUGGACGAUUUCUAAUGUCACUGCCGGCUCGCCGCCACAGAUCCAGGCCGUUAUCGAUGCCAACAUCAUCCCUCCCCUCAUCAACAUCCUUCAGAACGCCGACUUCAAGACACGCAAGGAAGCUUGCUGGGCCAUCUCCAACGCCACGUCUGGCGGUCUUCAGGAGCCCUCGCAGAUCCGCUACCUCGUAACUCAAGGAUGCAUCAAGCCCCUCUGUGAUCUGCUGACCAUGAUGGAUAACAAGAUCAUCCAGGUUGCUCUUGAUGGUCUCGAUAACAUCCUGAAAGUUGGCGAGAUGGACAAAAGUGCUGCAGGUCCUGGUGCGAUAAACUUGUAUGCGCAAUAUGUGGAGGAGGCUGGUGGCAUGAUUACGAUCCAUAACCUGCAACAACACGAUAAUUUGGAGAUUUACAAGAAGGCGUUCAAUAUUAUGGACAAGUACUUCCCAGAUGAAGAAGACGUUGAUGCUGCGAUCAGUGCCCCAAGCGUCGAUGCCUCGGGUGCAUUUGCUUUCCACUCGGAUAUCAGUGCCCCACAAGGAGGGUUCAGCUUUGGACAACAAUAA